UCGAAAAGGAGGGAGAUAUUUGUGCAGUUUGAGUGCCUUUCACGCCUUUCUAGCGCCUUUCACGCCUUUCUAGCGCCUGCGUGGCUGCUGCUAGUCUGCACACAAAACAGCGAUGUCAGUGAAGCUACACUUUAUGAAAUACGAUUCGUAGCUAACUGUUAAACAGACGUUUAUAUAAAAGACCACGCUGGAUAGGUAGGAGCGAAGGUGUUGGUACAUCUUUCGUAAACAUCUCAAAUGCUGUCGAACUGUGGUGUUCAUUCCGGCGAUAAUAGGUAGAUCAUGUCCUUAAUCCGAAUGUUUAUCAGACUACGAGGGACUGUGCGGUCAGCAUCUUGGGCCCAGGGGUUUGUUCUCAUGGGAGAUAGAUGCAAAUCAGUCCACUUAGAAGGCAAGAGAUGGCAACACACCAAGACUCAAGCAACGCCUUGUAAUUGGAAGCUGUUGGAUGACUGCUUUGAGCUCAGCUAUGGUGGCCUUGUGAUGCAGUUUGACUAUGUGUGGCUGAGGGACCACUGCCGCUCCUCUUCCUGCUACAACUCCAAAACGAACCAGCGCAGUUUGGACACAGCCAGCAUCGAACUUGACAUUCGCCCAACGAAGACGCGGGUGGAUGAGGAGAACCUCUUCUUCACAUGGCCUGAUGGGCACGUAACCCGCUACAGCUUGGCCUGGCUGGUAGCGAACAGUUAUGAGAGCCAGAAAUGGAGAGCCAUGAUGCAGUCACGCAUCCUGUGGAACUCUGAGAUCUACAGCGGCGCCAAGGUCCCUUCAGCCAGCUGGGAUAAAUUCAUGAGCUGUGACGAGGAGCUGAAGACGUUUCUGAGCAACUUCUUGUUGUAUGGCAUUGCAUUUGUAGAGGAUGUGCCAGCCACAAUAGAUGCCACUGAGAUGGUGACCCAAAGAGUCAGCCUCAUCAGAGAAACCAUAUACGGGCGCAUGUGGGAUUUCACCUCUGAUUUCUCUCGUGGAGACACAGCCUACACAAAGCUGGCCCUAGACUGCCACACAGACACUGCUUACUUCCAGGAGCCUUCUGGAAUCCAGAUAUUUCACUGUCUGAGGCAUGAGGGCACAGGCGGAAGGACUCUGUUGGUGGACGGAUUCUAUGCGGCUGAUAAACUGCUCCAGCAGUCGCCCGAAAACUUUAAAGUUCUCUCACAUAUCCCCAUCAAGCAUGAGUAUAUAGAGACCUUUGCCAGCCACCGCAACCACAUGAUUGGCAUAGGUCCUGUUCUCAGUGUCUACCCUUGGAACAAUGAGAUCUACAUGAUACGGUACAACAACUAUGACCGUGCUGUGAUAACCAGAGUCCCUCACAACAUGGUGCAGUGCUGGUACAAGGCCCACAGGCAGCUCACUGCUGAACUGAGGAAACCUGAGAAUGAACUGUGGGUCAAACUCAAACCAGGCAAGGUCCUCUUCAUUGAUAACUGGCGUGUGCUGCAUGGUAGGGAGUCCUUCACAGGGCUUCGACAGCUCUGUGGCUGUUACCUGAGCCGUGACGACAUGCUCAACAAGGCCCGCAUCCUGGGCCUUCAGGCUUGAUGCACCAGGCACCAAAAGACAAGCCCUCACCAGUAAAAUAAAUAACCCAGAACUGUAAAAAUGCAGAAAGUAUAAGUAUAGCACAGCCUGACGUUUCAUGCAUUUCAGUCAAAGAAUAAGAACCUUUGAGGAAUUAUCCUGCUAGACUCCAAAGAAGGAAGCUUUUUUUUUUUUUUUUUUUUUUUUUUUUUUUUCCCC